AUGAUGAAAUUCUCAAAGAACGAAGCGGUUUUGAAAUGGACGUGGUCAGUUUGGCGGGAAAAAAUGAAACCGAUGAAGACGCCAUAUCUGUCUAUGGUGAUGGUUGAAAAUAAUGCGGCUAGACGGAAUGGUUAUAAAGACAUGGGUGCGUCGUGGCGAGAUGAAACUGAGAUGCCGGCUUUGCGGAAACUGUGUUACCAGCUAUACGAAAGCAUUUUGCCACUGUAUAAAUUGAUACAUGGUGUUGUCAGAUAUCAAUUAAGAAAAAUAUAUGGAGACGUUGUUCCUGAGAAAGGACCUAUGCCUGCUCACUUAUUAGGGGAUCUGUGGUCUCAAAACUGGGAGCCAAUGGCAGAUUUGAUUUUGGACCACAAUAUUAAUUUGGACGAACGUAUCAAAAAUUUAAAUUGGACAGUCGGACACAUGGUAAAACGUGCUGAAGAUUUUUACACAUCUCUUGGUCUGCCCGCUAUGUCGGAUACUUUUUGGCGGGAAUCGGUGUUUGCGCGGGGCAACACUUCUACGCGUUGCCAUGGUACCGCAGCUGACAUGUUUAAAACAGAUGAUUACAGAUUAUUAUACUGCUCAGACACGAAAUUUGAUGACUUAUAUGUAUUACAUCAUGAAAUGGGACACAUACAAUAUUAUAUGGCGUACAGUAACCAGCCUGGAUUAUUUAGACAAGCCAACACUGCUCUACAUGAAGCAAUAGGUGAUGCAAUAAUGAUUGGUGUUACCAUCCCACAACAUUUAAAUAGACUCGGGCUUUUAACAGAUAAUGAAUUGUUUAAUAUGACAUCUGGUAAAUUGGCAUUGAAUUUGAAAAAUGAUAAAACUGACAAGGUCUAUACUCACAAAGAAAAAGAUGGCGGCCCCGACUAUUUUAAUCGUGUGAAAGAUAACUUAGAAACUGGUGUUGUUGAGAGAGAAAGAAAAAUAUUAUUUCCUCUACAUAACUCAAAUUAUAUAUUGAAAAAUACAAAAUUAAACUUGCACCUUAACGAUUUACAAGAAAGAAUCAAAAUAUCUAAAGGAAAACAGAUACAUAAGAAAAAUGACGAUGUAACUACAGACGAUAUUGUCAUGCUUAAACAGGCUUUAAAUAAAAUACCACAGAUACCAUUUGCACUUGUGUUAGAUGAAUAUAGAUGGAGGUUAUUUGAGGGUAGUUUAGAUAAAAUGCAACUUAAUGAGGAAUUCUGGAGAAUAAGCCAGGAAUUGCAGGGAAUCUCACCAGUGGAUAAAAGGGGUGAAGAGUAUUUUGAUGUUGGUGCUAAGUAUCAUGUAGCUGAUAAUAUUCCAUACACUAGAUAUUUCCUAACCAGUUUUCUACAAUACCAGUUGUUUGAGAAGUUAUGUAAGUCGGCUGUCUUCGGUCAUCGAAAUAUAGAUGAAUCUCUUCCUUAUUCAAUCCCUCUACAUCGAUGUGAUAUCUAUGGUUCCAAAGCCGCUGGAAAGAUAUUGAUAGAUAUUAUGUCGCGUGGAAGCUCCGAAAAUUGGGAAGACAUACUCCAAGAAGCAGUUGGUGUACGUGAAAUAUCAUCAGCGGCGAUCAAAAACUAUUUCUAUCCUCUAUCAAAUAGACUGAAACAAAUAGUGGAAAAGUAUAAUAUUCCUAUAGGAUGGGACUAG